GGCAUCACGUGCACAUAUGAGCCUCGUACUGCUGCGUUUGGCCCCUAGUUCUGCUUGUGGGGCGCUUCCCGAAAUCCGCCAGGAUGGGCUCCCGAAACCCGGCGGACCCCAAGGGACGACGACCGACCCCCAAACUUUGGCGGCCCAGAACUUCCUCACAAGACAAAACUAAAAGCACGUGCAUAAUGCUCCCCUAAAGCUCUGUAAUAUUGAGCAUGGGGUAAGAACCUGAGCUUUCUACUCCCCCCGCGUGCCUGUCUUGUGCUGUUGUGCGCGCCACCGAGCCCGGGCGGCGACAUUUAUCGCCGGCGCCGCUCGCCCUGCCGCUCCACGACGCCUCGGCCCACAUCCCAUAAGUAUUAUCGCUUGCAACUAACGCCUCUGCCUGCACUCCCGUUUUCGUUGGUUUUGGUUUAGUUUGGGCUGGUAUUAACAACCCCCCCCCCCCCGUGCUGGACGCCAGAAGAGCAGUGCUGUGAGGUGUGCCGCAAAGCCGACAAUGCGCUUCAGAUGCUGCUUUGCGACGGCUGCGACUGGCCUCUGCGGUGCUUGGGCGGGCGGAAGAAGGUGCCAUCGGACAGCUGGUUGUGCCCGCACUACACUGGGCGGCACAGCCCUCAGGAGGCCGAUGGCCUCGACGAGGCCCCUGCCGCCAAGCGCGCGGACACCCGCGCCAUCGGGGCCGUGGGCUCUGGCCUGCGGGCUGGUUUCCUGCUGCUGUCGGCUGGGUGGCUGGAGCGGACGGCGGCGCUGCUGGGCGUGCGAGCAGCUCCCUGGCUGCAGGAGGCCCGUUUGGCGGUGGUGGCGCCCCGGCGCUACCUUUGAGGCGGUCCUGCAGCAGGCCCUGUGGGAUGCGAUUGAUCAGUUCGCGGCGUGCUGUCGUGGCACUGGGCGCGCUCUGAUCCUGAGGUCCCUCCGUGGGGACGUCCGCGCCUGGGAGCGGGAGUGGGUGGCGGACGGUGGCCCUCCCUGUGCCCGCGGGGCCUGGUGCCGCAGCUGUGGAGGUCGCGGCGCGCGCGGACGCGGAGUUGUUGCGGGCACUCUGGGCGGGGGCUUUCAAGUGUGCUGUCCUGGUUUGGUGGCGUGUUCGUGCGGUAGCUGGUCUGCUGUGUUGUGGAGGCUGGUUUGAUGUGGCCUGUGUGCCCCGGAUUGCGUGGGGCCCGUGCCCCGGUUUGCUGCGGGUGGGGGCGUGUGUGAUUGCGCGUGGUCGUGCGCCUGCAGUGGUUCGCGUGUAGUCGCGUUGGGCUGCUUUGUUGCUGGGUCAGAUCGCGCGGCCGGCCGGCCGCUUGGUUCAGCGUGCGGGCGUGGCGGUCGGGUAGCUGCUGCCUAUGUUCCCUGGCCUGCUUGGGACACGGGGCCCGGUUUGCAGCGUUUUGGUGCGGGGGGACGGCGCGCUGAUGAGCGUAUGUGCCUGUGGAGGGUUCCCGUUCUCGAGGUGGUUUGGGCUUGGUGCUUGGUCAGUUUUCUGUUUUGUUUCCUGCUUUCUGUUUUGUUUCCUGCUCUGUCCUCCUGCCUUUUGGGGGGCCCUGGCCCUGGUCUGCCCUUGCUUUGCCCCGGAGGGGUGCCCUUGGGUUUCAUUCGGUGGCUUGUGCGGUUGUCCCUGGCGUUCUGCAACCAGUGAUCUCCAUGAUGUUCUUGUGUUGUUAAAAGCCAGACACCUUCCCUGUGCACCUAUCGACGCCGCCAAACUUGAGCGUGCAAUACUGGCUGGCACGUACUGGCACUGGGCACUGGCUCACCCGUUCCUCCCGAGUUGGCGUGCCCCGGCCCCACAGGGGCGCGGCGCACCCAUACGUUGGCUCGCCCAGGGCCAGGAGCGUGACAUUUGGUGAAGGGGAAAGGGCGCGGCACAGUGAAAGGGUCGAGGCGCGUCAGCAGUACGAUAAAGAAGGGAUAACAAGGACAAGACUACACAUACACAAGCCUAGGCGGCGAAAGAGGCCGAGUGGGCGUAAGGCAGGGGUUAAGAGCAAGGGGCGGAUGGCAUGGGGACCGAUUAAGGGAGAGAUGACGGGGUGCUGGGCAGUGUGCAGGCCGCGUUCGGCUCCCCACAAGCACUGCCAGCCUGGAUGCCCCGCAGUAGGGGCACCCAGAUGCAGGGACGGUUAGCGGGGAGGAAGCGUGGGGCGGGCAGGUGGCGAGCACAGGCAGGCUACAAGGUGGGGUGUCAAGGAUGUGAGCGGUGGGCGGGGGGAAAAAGUACGGUAUUGCCAAGGUGCUAGGGCAGCCCGGCAGCAGGCGGUACGUAGGGCAGGCGGCGGCGCGUCACGAAGGUAGACAUGCAGUCGGGCGAGGAGGUCAAGGGGUCGAUGGUGCUGGGUAGGGGGGGCGGGGGGCUCCGGGUGACCACGGCGGACGAAGUAGAACAGGUGGGGUUACGCCACAGAAGGGUGGUGAAUUGGCGGAACAUGCACGGUCUGGAGUAGCCUUAGGGCCCUUCUCGCCAGCAGAGGCGGCCUACCCCUGGAAGAUGCAAGCCCUGUGCUACCUCGCUGUGGCUGCCAGGCUAACGUGCAGGCUAGGUUCGGCUGACCAGUAAACCGGUACCAAAGGGGAAUGCUGCAAUAGGCGCAAUCCAAGAUGCUCGAUG